UCAUAGAGGGCAUAUCAAACAUUCUUUUAUGCAAUCGAUAUUUUAGAACAUAGAAUAUGAAGUUCCAUGUUUAAUCUAUCGUAUAUUUCGUUUGUGCCAUAACCUUCAAAUUAGGUAAAACAAAUUUUCAGAAGUGAAUAUGAUCGAGUAAUUAACAAAAAAUGGAAGAAACUGACGAUUUGGAGGACAGUAUAAAAAUAAGUGCCAAUGAAUUAUUGGCUUUCCAAAGAGAAUUAAAACAGGAGAAAGAACUUCUUCAAAAGAUAUUAACAAAAAUUGAUGAUCAAGUACACAGAUUACAGGUGGAACAACUUCAUUUAUUGGGCCUAAUGAACAAAUCAUUAAAAGGCACAACAGAAAAUUCCUCCUCAUAUGAACCUGAAAAUGAUAUUCAACAAGACUCUACAAACAAAUCAUUAGACUUGUCUGUAGCAUCAGCCUUUAAACAUUUUGAAGAAGAAAUUGAAGAUGAAGAUGAUAUUUAGAACGACGAAUAAUUUUUGUAACUUAAAAAUAUUAAAAACUAUACAUUUUAUACAUAUUGUUAUUAAUAAUUUUGUCAGUUUGAUAAAUUUGUUUACAACUGAAAAAUAUAUUAAUUCAUUUUAUAAAU